GGGGUGGAUUCAAGACGCACAGGCUUCCUCCUCAUUGGAUGCUGCUGCUGAUUCCCCACCUCUCCAGGCUCCCUGUCUGGGUGUUAAAUACAUUUCUUAGAGGGCCAGUGGCACCUAUGGUGCUGCUCGCGGCUUGGCCAUAGAGGGGUCAUCUGCUUGCUCUACUUGUCUGGUUCCAGAAGAAGUUUUUAGGGACUUCUCUCUCUUUCUUAGUGCUUGAGGGUGGUAGUGAGGGAAGCAUCUCCCUCAAACUUGGCACUGCAGUUGCAACAUCUACCCUCAUCUCUUGGAAAAAAAUAACUAGUACAAUCAAGGUGCACAAGAGACCAUGGGAAAAUUCAGAAGUAUCCUUCUUUUGUGCCUUGGCUUUAUUCUAGUUCCAGCAAGAGGUCAACAUGAUUUUGAUUUAGCUGAUGCUCUUGAUCACCCAGAUGACAUAAUUACCAGGAGGCCUACAGUGAUCAGAAGACCGACAAGGCCUGUGCUGAACAAUGAUCUACAUUUAGGAGAUGCUCUUGGUGGGGGUGACAUCCCAAGAAAACCUUUGUACCCACCUCUUCCACCACGACCAGGAAGCCAUAUUAAUUCUGGAGGUUUUGAUGACUCAGAUCUCCUUGAUGGGAAGGCUUUACCACCGCACAUAACAGGAGAAGAGGAGAAGCAUUUCAAUCAUGGAGGAAACACAGAUUCAGGAUUAAUAGCUGGAGUUACAUCUCCUAUAAUUUCUUCUUUUGUAAUAUUAGUUGUUGGAUCAAUAGCAGCCUACACCGCUUAUAAGAACAAGAAACUUUGUUUCAAACCACAGGGUGGGGCUACAGUGUAAACUGGUGAAAGAAGAGUUGCCUUCUGAUCACAGGCUCCUUUGGUUGGUGACAUUCAUCCCGCAGAUCCCACAAUUCAUCAUUCUGACAAAAUAAAAUCUUCCUCUAAUUAAUGUUUUGCUGUGACAUUGCAAUUCUGCUCUCUUUUACAUGAUGUCACUUGCGCACCUUGAACUUUACAUCAUCAAAGAUGUGCCUAAAACAUGUGGGGAUGGUAUUGAACUAUCCAACCUGCAUUCAUAAAGGCUGGAUACACAUUUUGAUUCAUAAGUUACUGUAAACAACAGAGAAAGCAAGUUUAAUAAAAGCUAAAAAAUUGAAA